CGGUGAAGUGGACACCGCACUGAGCUCCUGCAGUUUCACUCUGUCAGUUUCCACGCUCCCUCUGGGACUCCAGCGUCUCCUGAUGGCGCUCGGUUGGUAACCAUCUGAUUCUGAUGGGGAGAGCCCACAGCGCACCUCAGAAACCCUUGGACAGAUGGAUUCGAAAGAAGCUGCGGAUUUUGACUGCCCCAUCUGCAUGCAAACACUGCACAGACCAAUCAGGACUCAGUGCCAACAUGUCUUUUGCCAGGAAUGCCACAUCCAAAACUUUGCCAUGAACAAUGGAAAAUGUCCUUUGUGCCGGAAUCCCACUUCUUACAUGGAGCAGCCAGCAACGGACAUUGAGACCUGGAUGAGAACGAUGAAAGCAAAUUGCAGAGGUUGUGAUGUUGAGGUGUACCUGAUUGACAUGAGGACACACACUACCACCUGCGCACAGUACCUGAGGGAAUAUGGUCCAGACUGCAAUACAAGUGCAAUACCUCUCCCAACACCUGCCUCAGUCAGUGCCACAGAACCAAACAGAUCUACAUUUACCUGCCCGUAUUGCCAUCAAAGUGGCUAUGACAUGGGUGACCUUGUGCUGCAUUGUUGUACGUAUCAUUGUGGUGAUUAUCGGCAUGUGGUCUGUCCAAUUUGUGCAUCAAUGCCGUGGGGGGAUCCAAAUUAUUACAGCAGGAAUUUUAUUCAGCACCUGAGAGUCCGACACCGAUUCCAAUACCAAUUCUUUGUGAAUUUUGAUCAAGACGAAGAAUUGAUGCUGCAAGACACCAUCUGGAAUUCGUAUAAGUAAUUUGAUUAAAUCCCUUUUGAAGAAACAUCUCCUGCAGAAAAUCACACACUUUUUUUAAAGGAUAGGCAUGCUUUUCAAAUCCGCUUUUAUAAAAGGGACUUUGCAAGCAAGCUUUGAGGAACCUCUUCCCAGACCCUGAUGAAGAUUGGUUUGGAUUUUUGUUUGGAGCAUUUCUGAAAGAACCUUUCUGCUCGAUGUUGAGACAUUGUCAAUCUUGCAGCAAUAAUUCCUUGUGAUGUACUGUAUUAGCUGAGGCUUCCUUUUGAUGAAUGUUUGUUUUCAGUAAUGAAUCUUCAAUGUAUCAUGACAAUAAUCCGAGCAUUAUAACACUGUCCUUAUUCUUUUGUCGAAUGGAGGCCCCCAUCACCAAAGCCAGUGUGUGCUUCCCAUCCCUAAUUGCCCCUUGGAUUGAUGAUUGAAUGGGUCAAUUCAGAGGGCAGUUAAGAGUGAAACACAUCAUUCUGGGUCUGGAGUCACGUGUAGACCAGACUGGGUAAGAACUGCAGAUGCCCCCUCUCUCAAGGGCAUUAGUGAACCAGGGUUUUUCUACUACAAUUGAUCUUCAUUUCAUGGUCACCAUUACUGACACUAGGAUUUGCAUUAAAUCAUUAGGAUUGACUAUUGAUUUAAGUUCCAGUGGGUGGAUUUUGAGUAUGUGUCCCCAGAACAAUAUUCUGGAUCAGUGGUGCUGGAAGAGCACAGCAAUUCAGGCAGCAUCCGACGAGCAGCAAAAUCGACGUUU